AUGUUCUUGUGCUUCGUGGGUAUACCGUUGCUGGUGAUAAACCACCGCAUCCUUUGUCCGCCGGUUCAGGUGCAGGUACUGCAGCAUGACCCCUACGCUGCAGCUAUGGCGGCUGGUUAUGGUCCUGGUGCUGGUGUUGGUGCUGGUGAUGGUGGUUUUGGUGCUGGUGCGACUCUUGCUUCCCAGUACACGGUGGCUGCUGACCCCGGUUAUGGUGCUGGUGCAGGCCGAAGGUCCACGCUUAGUGCGGCUGCCGAAGGCAAGCGGUUAGCGGAGCAGCUUGUAGCGAGCUUCGCCAUGUCAGCAGACCCCAUCGCUGACGCGGGAGAGUGCCUCGCCUCCGCCACGCUCUGGCUCCAAACCAUGAAGUCGCGCAUGAACAUCCCCGGGGGCGGCGGAGAUCCUUCCGCCGCCACCGCAAAUAACGCGGCAAUGGCGGCGGCAGCCGCUUAUGGUUACGCGCCCGCAGGUCCAGUGGGAGGGGAUCAAGCGGGAAUGGCGUAUUUCUACCAGCCUGCGCCAGGGGGAUACGUGCAAAUGGGCGGGAUGCCGCAGUUUGCGACGAUGGCAGCAGCGCCUGCGCCUAGACCUCCGUCUGUGAAGCCCAUCCCCGCUAAUAUCAGCUUCGAGGAUUAUAAGGAUCGCCCGAGUGACUUCCUCAGGGAGUUUGGCGAUCCAGCAGCUCUGCAAUCGCAGCGGGGGCUGAAUCACACUCGCCCCGUGGUGGGAGUGAACGGCAACUGGGCCUGCUCCUCGUGCCAAAACGUCAACUUCCCUCGCCGUCACAGCUGCCACCAGUGUGGCACCAAGAGGAGUGAAGAGGGGGAGGAGAUAGUGCGGAACUAUGUGAAGCAACUGAUUGAAGAGUCGAAGAAGCAAGGCGGGGUGUAG